CCACAGAGAUAAGACCGGAGCUGCCCUUCCUGCCCUCUUCGAAGAUGAAGACCGUCCUCGCCUUCCUGUUCCUGGUGGUCUCCGUCGCCCUGGCAGUCGAGCGUCCCAUGGAUCCUCUGCCCACCGCUUGCUGCGUUAGCUUCAUGAAACGCCCCAUCCCACUGAACCUCUUGAAAUCUUUUGAAUACACCAGCGGGAGAUGCAGCCCGUCCGCCGUUGUAUUCCUUACCAAAAGAGACCGAAAGAUCUGCGCGGAUCCCUCAGAGCCAUGGGUCCAGGAUCGCAUCCGUGCCCUCGGCCCACCCUAAACGUGCUCCGGGCGAGGGGAAAGCAAGCCUCCCCUCUUGGCAGAUGCCCAUAAUCCAAGGAGAGAGAAAAAAAUCCCCAUUAUUAAAGGCAGUGCUUUAUGCUGAAGCAUGUG